CUUCAAUCACAGUGAAAUUCUACUGGGCCGGGUUGAGCGUGCGGCCGGUCUACUACGAUGAUGUAAAGCGUACAGGAGGAGAGUAAUAGUAGCGCGCGCGGGAGCCUACUCGGGCUCGAAUCGUAUCCGGUUCCAAGAGGUGAACCUUUUGCGGCCGACUACUACUAAUACCAUGUGAUGUAGCCGCACUGCCUGCGUCCUGCAGAUCGGAGACAUCGUAGGAAGAAGAAGCUGCACGAUCUUCUUGUCCAUCCGGAGAAGGUAGCUAGAUCGAUGGACAGAUCAUGCGAAUCCAAGUCCCUCUUCACGGAUCCCGAGGAGGGGGAGGAGGACGAGGCAACAAUGGGGCUGCUCGAGGAGCUGAGCACGGCCGGGUUCGAGCUGUCCAAACCGACGACGGACAAUGCCGGUGAUGACGACGAAUCCAUCCCUGUCUGGGUUCUCGCCCUCGUCGGAGAAGGAGCAGCCACCGUCGAGUUCUCCAGCCAUGGAGGAGGAGCCAGCGGUCGACGACUCCGAGUUGGCGUCAUGGAUGGAGGAGGUGGUGGACAGCGGCAGAUCGGCCCAGCAGUUGGCCAUGGAGAUGGAGGAGGAGAUGGCCGCCGAGGAGGAGGACUUCGCUUCCUACAGAAGCGACUGGGAAUCGAGGUGGGGGGCGGACGGGUGGGGCUACUUCUGCGACAUGACGACGGUGAGCUCAAUGCAAUACACGCACUUGACGCCGAGUGUCAUCCGCCGGGCCGAGGGCAUCGUCGACGCCACCUUGCAGAUCUUCUCCAUCAAACUAGCGGAGAUCAAAGGUGGCCUGGAGUGGCCACUGUCCGUCUAUGGCGUGGUCGCUGCCCGGGACGCUGUUGAUCACAACCGCAACCUCCUCUUCUGUCGACAUAGAAGGUGCAGCCAGAAAAUCAAGCAAGAUGAUCCUUUUCUAUGCUUGACCGGCCCGUCGCGCGCAAUCGUGCUUACUGUUAUGGAACCGGUUGUCUUUGAGAUCCAGCUCAAAGUACAAGGCAAAACGGCGUCUGAAGAUAGAGCAUUGAUCAGCGCCACGUCCGACUACACAAGAGUAGGGCGUGGCCGUGGUGUACGCACCAUUUGCUUCGAGAACUGCUUCUGCACCGCAGAGAUAUGCGUCGAGCGAGUUUCAGAGACAGUCCAGGCAACUAUCUUCGGCGUCCGAGUUGUCAAAGGGGGGUCGGAGCCUUUUGAAUACGGAUGCCGGGUCGCUUGCCACUCACCGUCUGGUGCCUUUAAGCUCAUCGAUGGUAAAGUCACUUAUGUUGCUAGUUCCACAUCUCCUGAAUUCGUGCUGCUCGAUUCUCGUUGUAGAGGGAUGAUGCUUAAAGGUUUCGAUGGCUACUACAUUGAUCUGUCAAGGCAAGUUGUUUCUGUAGAGCUCGAAGGAAGCCUCAAAGUCGUCGUAGAUGCCUACUCUUCAUCUGGUGAUAUUGCCGCGCAAGGUCAUGUCUCCUUCACGCCUGAAACUUGCAACGUAAGUCGGGAGAGGUUUUAUGUUGGCGACGCUCAGGUGGAGGUUAGCGUUGCUUGGUCACUUCUUGUCUCCGACAAGCGUGAUAUCGCGCUCGAGGGAUGGGUGUCUGAGUUUUCUACUAUGUGAGUGUUUCAGAGAGGAAGGCCGGAGUUGGUCUACCAAACCUUUGCUUCGAACCGUAGUAGCAAUUUGCUACCUAAGAGAUGUCCAUCUACAAGUGUAUGGAGUACUAAUAAUUUGUGUAUUGACUGCCACACUAAAUCAUCCAAUGUUUUCUUUAACUAUAAGGUA